AUGAUUCCGGAACAGAAUCCACACCAAUGCGCAGCUUGCGGGUCAGAGCCGUCGAUCCUCCACACAGUCAGCAAAAACAGCGUUUACCGGCGACUCUGCACCGAUUGUUUGCUCAAGGAGCAUCGGGACCUCUUCUGCCCAAUCUGUCUCGUCGUCUUCGCCGCCGUCCCUCCUCCACGAGCUCGUAUCACCUGCCUCAAUUGCCCUUCCAUCACCCACCUCGCUUGCUCUCCUCCGCCGUCUCCCUCCGCCACCUCCUCCUCCUCCUCCGCCGCCGCUUCUUCCUUCACCUGCCCGCCAUGUUCUGACCCCAAUUUCUCCUUCUUCCCCAAAUUCCAUGUUCCGGCCUCUGACCAAAGCGGAGAGAAUGACGACGACGGCCCCGAACCGCUUCUCGAUGUCCAGUCGCUCAAGGCUCUCGUCGCAGCAGCGGAUAUCGCGGUGGUUUCUCUGCGUAAUGCGACGGUUCACUUAAAGAACGAAGCUGUUAAGAAGGUCCUCGCAGCUGGAAUCGCCAAGAUGAGAGCUAAAGAAGCACUGGGGAAUCUUCAGGACCUUGUUGAUAAACAAAAAGCUUCAGAGAAUCCUAACCCCAACAAGAGGAAGGACAGCGACCGCUGA